AUGGCUGGAAGCUUCCCGCGUAUGGUAAUGGAGCAGGUGGAGUCAGGGCCAUGUGCAAUCCAGCAGGUGGCAGUACUUUCCCAAGAGGACUUGGGAGAAAUGUUGUUUUCAGACUCCAAUUUCGAGCCAGUGAAACCCAACAGUACCUCCACUGACCCUUAA